AUGUCUGCCCGCCCUAUCUUUCUUGUAGCUGGUCUUGGGAACGGAUCCGGAACUGGUGCUGCAACCGCACGCCUGUUCGCGAAGAACGGAUAUCGCGUCGCCCUUCUUGCGCGAGACUCCAGCGGAGAAACCCAGAAGCUCGCCCAGGAGUUGAAUGAUGCUGGGGGAGAGGCCGCUCCAUUCCCUGUCGAAUCGUACUCCUACAAGAACGUCACAGACGCCUUCAACAGUGUCAAGCAGCACUGGCCAGAUGCUGAUAUCCGUGUCGCGCUCUACAACGCAUCUUUCGGGGCGUUCAAAGGGUUCCUCGACGUGAAGGAGCAAGAGAUCGACACGUCUCUUGAAGCUACCCUCAAGGGAGCAUACGCGUUCUCUCGCCAGGCAAUCUUGAAGUUUAAGGAGCAAAGUAUUGAUGACAGUGGCAAGCGCGGUACAUUAUUGUUUACAGGUGCGACGGCGAGCAUCAGGGGAAAUACCAUGACAUCCGGGUUCUCGCCCGGCAAGUCCGGCCUGCGUGCACUGGCUCAGUCCCUCAACAAGGAGUUUGGAAAGGCCAAUAUCCAUGUAGCACAUACUAUCAUUGAUGGAGUUAUCAGCACCGACAAGUCGCGCCAGUAUUACCCACUUGCUAAAGAGAACCCCAACAAUCCCGACAUCCUCUUGAACCCGGAGGCUAUCGCUCAAGCAUACCUAUACCUCACGAAUCAACAUCGCUCGGCCUGGUCGUUCGAACUCGACCUGCGCCCUGCUCAUGAGAAGUGACACCGGAAUCUUCGCGAACCCUUGGCAAACACUUCUCUAGUCUCCGUAUAUCUUAUCUACCCUAUUCUGAUCUCGACUAUGCCUUCAUCAAUCGGUAGUGGUAUCGCUCGCCCGUCAAGGCGCGCGACUGCAGGAUCGGAGAGCACAUCCGAAGCAUCAUCUCCCACCACCUACGGCGACACCCCAAUCCAUCGCUUCCCCGCGGACUUCGCAGCCUACCAUCGAUCCAUGAUUAGCACAAGCAGCGCCACAACUCCCAUCUUUUCCGACAAGUCUGAAGAAGCGAGUGCGAGCGACGACUCGACGUCUACUCAAUCCGAUAGACAAUCGCUCAGAACGCUGGAAGAUGUACGGGAACAGGUCGCAGAGCGGUUGGCAGUCCGCGCUGUACGGAAGCUCAAGGACGUUGACGGGACGAAGAUUGCGGUCACUCUAACGCUCUGCAAGAAGAACGACACGGACUUCUUGCAGAUUGUCGCGGGCCACAUCAAACGCAUUCUCACGCUGAAGUCAUUCCUCGUCGCAGUCGCCACCACGGGAGCAGGGGAGACGUCACUCAUGGUGUGCGGCUCGUCUUCCAUCCAGGUGCAACGGGCCGCUUUGCUCGCCUCGGCUAAGUUCGUCGGCCGCGUCCAGGCCAUGAACGUUGCCGAUGUCUCCGGGACGCUUUGGGUAGCGAGCGUGCGCAACGUAGGAUGGUCGCCGUACGACGAAAGCGCGUUGUGGGACGUGCUCACGAAGUCAUCUCAAGACCUUAUCGACCCAACCGUUCCUCCACCAGGCUCCAAAUCCAUCGCACACAUCCUCGAGGAGGCGCGCACACGUCUGCAACGUCUCACACCGCAACAAGCGUUCGAUGAACUUCAAGACUCAUCUAUACCCAUGCCGGUGCUUUUGGUCGAUAUCCGCCCGGCAGCGCAACGCGAGGAGCACGGCUUCGUCCGUGGCUCGUUGGUCAUCGAGCGGAACGUACUGGAGUGGCGGUUUGACCCGCGCUGCCUGGAUGGGCGGUUGGAGAUUGCGACACGAUAUGACUUGCGCAUCAUCGUCAUCUGUCAGGAAGGGUAUACCAGCUCGUUAGCUGCUGCGAGUCUGCAGGAUCUCGGACUGUUGAAUGCGACGGAUGUCAUAGGCGGUAUCAAGGCUUGGAAAGAGGCCGGUUUACCUGUAGAUAUACCACAGCGCAUGUGGAUCUGA